AUGGAAAGUGGGCAGGCAGAUACACGCAGGCAUGAGUCUUACUCAGGAAGGGAUUCACAUGGUAGGUAUUAUGAUCAUGAAUAUGAUAGAAAGCGAAACAGAUAUGAAGGUUCAAGGAGAAAGCCUAACAGAUAUGACUUGCACAAUCGCCGAUGGGAAUGGGAAGAUGCUCCUCAAAGGGAAGAAACUCCAUGGCAUACUCCUUGUUCGUCCUUUAAUUCACUUUCUCCUUUGGAUCAUGUUUCUCCGUCUCCUUUUCCAAUACGGGCUUCUGGCUCUUCACACAAAUCUUCUGUUGCUGGAUAUAAUCGAAGAUUGCAUAAACUCGCUUUUUCUUCAGAUGAGGAGGAAAUAGCAAAUAAAUCUGACUUGGGUGAAGAACAUAAGUAUGAGAUUACUGAAAGCAUGCGUCAAGAGAUGGAAUACAGUGCAGACCGAGCAUGGUAUGAUAGAGAGGAAGGAAGUACAUUGUUUGAUUUUGAUAACUCUUCACUUUUUGUUGGAGAUGAGGCUUCGUUUCAGAAAAAAGAGGCCAAGUUGGCCAAAAGAUUGGUCCGAAGAGAUGGCACUAAGAUGUCCCUUUCUCAAAGCAAGAAAUUAUCUCAGCUUACUGAUAAUGCUCGAUGGGAAGAUCGGCAGCUGCUGAGAUCAGGUGCUGUUAGAGGCAUAGAGGUUAAGACUGAAUUUGAUGAUGAGGAUGAAGGCAAGGUCGUUCUUGUUGUGCAUGAUACAAAGCCUCAUUUUCUUGAUGGCAGAAUUGUUUUUACCAAGCAGGCAGAGCCAGUUAUGCCGAUAAAAGAUCCAACAUCUGACAUGGCUAUAAUUUCUCGCAAAGGAUCUGCGAUGGUAAGAGAAAUCCAUGGGAAGCAGAGUUCAAACAAGUGUCGCCAACGCUUUUGGGAACUUGCAGGCUCAAAACUUGGUGAUAUAUUAGGCGUUGAAAAAACAGCAGAAAAUAUUGAUGCAGACACUUGUAUCGUGGGUGAAGAUGGUGAAAUUGAUUUUAAGGAGGAAGCUAAGUUUUCAAACCACAUGAAGAAGGAAGAAGCUGUGAGUGACUUUGCUGUGUCAAAAACUCUUACCGAGCAAAGGCAAUAUCUGCCUAUUUUUUCAGUGCGGGAAGAGCUAUUACAGGUGAUUCGUGAAAAUCAGGUUGUGGUUGUAGUUGGGGAAACUGGUUCAGGAAAGACAACCCAAUUGACACAAUAUCUAUAUGAAGAUGGCUACACUAUAGGCGGUAUAGUAGGUUGCACCCAACCAAGGCGUGUGGCAGCGAUGAGUGUUGCCAAGAGAGUUAGCGAGGAGAUGGACACGGAGUUGGGAGAUAAAGUUGGCUAUGCAAUCCGUUUCGAAGAUGUGACUGGACCGAAUACCAUAAUAAAGUACAUGACGGAUGGGGUACUUCUACGUGAAACACUUAAAGACUCUGAUUUAGACAAAUAUAGGGUUAUUGUGAUGGACGAAGCCCAUGAAAGGUCAUUAAGCACAGAUGUCCUUUUUGGAAUAUUGAAGAAAGUUGUAACCCAACGCCGAGAUUUCAAACUGAUUGUCACAUCAGCAACUUUGAAUGCACAGAAAUUUUCACAUUUUUUUGGAAAUGUUCCAAUUUUUCAUAUUCCCGGGAGAACAUUUCCUAUCAAUAUAUUAUGGAGUAAAAUUCCGGUUGAAGAUUAUGUUAAAGGUGCAGUGAAGCAGGCUAUGACUAUUCACAUGACCAGCCCUCCAGGUGACAUCCUUAUCUUCAUGACUGGCCAAGACGAGAUUGAGGCAGCUUGCUACUCCCUUGCUGAAAAAAUGGAGCAGAUGGUAUCAUCUUCAAAUAAAGAAGUCCCGAAACUUUUGAUUCUUCCCGUAUAUUCUCAGCUUCCAGCUGACUUGCAAGCAAAGAUAUUUCAGAAAGCUGAAGAUGGUGCGCGCAAAUGCAUUGUGGCCACUAAUAUUGCUGAGACAUCACUAACCGUGGAUGGUAUCUUCUAUGUUAUAGACACGGGCUAUGGUAAAAUGAAGGUGUACAACCCUAGGAUGGGUAUGGACGCUCUACAAGUCUUCCCGGUUAGCCAGGCUGCUGCUAACCAGCGUGCUGGUCGAGCUGGUCGAACUGGCCCUGGGACAUGCUAUCGGUUGUAUACAGAGAGUGCUUACCUAAAUGAAAUGUUGGCCAGUCCUGUUCCAGAGAUUCAGAGAACUAACCUUGGCAAUGUCGUCUUGUUGCUGAAAUCUCUUAAAGUUGAAAAUUUACUCGACUUUGAUUUCAUUGAUCCACCUCCGCAGGAUAAUAUUCUUAAUUCUAUGUACCAGUUGUGGAUGUUGGGUGCCCUUAACAAUGCGGGGAGAUUGACUGAACUUGGCUGGAAAAUGGUUGAGUUUCCACUGGAUCCUCCACUUGCCAAGAUGCUUUUGAUGGGUGAGCAGUUCGGGUGUCUUGAGGAGGUUCUGACCAUAGUUUCCAUGCUUUCAGUACCAUCUGUUUUCUUUAGGCCAAAGGACCGAGCAGCGGAGAGUGAUGCUGCACGCGAAAGAUUUUUUGUGCCAGAAUCUGAUCAUUUAACGCUUUACAAUGUCUAUCAGCAAUGGAAACAACAUGAUUACAGAGGUGAUUGGUGCAAUGACCAUUUUUUGCAUGUUAAAGGUCUAAGAAAGGCUAGAGAGGUGAGAUCCCAGCUGCUUGAUAUUCUCAAGACUCUAAAAAUUCCGCUGACAACGUGCUUUCCUGAUACAGACGUUGUUAGAAAAGCAAUUUGUUCUGCAUACUUCCACAAUUCAGCAAGACUAAUGGGUGUGGGGGAGUAUGUUAACACGCGGAAUGGAAUGCCAUGUUAUCUUCACCCCAGUAGUGCUCUCUAUGGCAUGGGUUGUACUCCCGAAUAUGUGGUUUAUCACGAGUUAAUCCUAACCACCAAGGAGUACAUGCAAUGUGCCACAGCCGUAGAGCCCAAGUGGAUGGCUGAGCUCGGACCCAUGUUUUUCUCCGUGACGGAGUCUGAUACAUCACUAAUGGAGCAUAAAAAGAAACAGAAACGAGAGAAAACGGCCAUUGAGGAGGAAGUGGAGAAUUUAAAGAAGGAGCAAGCGAAGUUCGAGAGAGAAAAUAAACGGAAGGAGAUAGAAAAAAGGGCCAAGAAUCAGCAGCAGAUUUCCAUCCCAGGUUUAAAAAAGUGUUCUUCCACAUUCUUGAGACCAAAGAAGUUUGGUUUGUAAAUGUUGUAUAAUA